CCUUGGAACUCAAUUACUCAACAACUAGAGAAUAUAAGUGAAUAAAUAAAAAGAAAAAGGUCAGAGAAUUAAUUAUGGAAGGAUCCAAGAGUUGCUGUCCACCUGGUGAAGCUAAUAACAAAGCAUGCUGCAAGUGUGGCCCUGGUUGGACUUGUGUGAUAAGGAAACUUGAUGACCCUCUACCUGAUUCCAAGCCUUUUACCAAUUGCUGCGAUAGUUGUGUCUGCAUCACAGAUGAAUCAAAGAAAGUAGAGAUUGAAGGAGGUUAUUGUGUAUGUGGAAAAGGUUAUGCUUGUACUUUCACCAAAACUGAAGGUCCUGAUGCUGGUAAAGUCUUCUUUGAGUGUGGCAAUGGAUGCAGAUGUGAGAUUUCUGGUUCUGGCAAUGAGGUUCUUGUGAUGAAGGAAGCUUGAUUCAAAAAAUUGUGAAUGCUUAUUUUGUGGAGACACUCUCCAUAAGCAUGCUUUUCUUGUAGCAUAUUGGGAGCCACUAAUAUCAAUCAGAAACUUUGUGUUUUGUUGAUGUGUUGAUUAUGUGUGUUUUUUCCUUUAAUAAGCUUUGUGAUGAUCAUAAAGUGUAAUGUUUGUCUAUCCUUGUUGUAAACAAGGGAAAAGGUUGUAAUGUCAUAUUAUACUGAUAGUGUGUAAUGUGAAUGUGAUGUUAUUUGUUGGUGUUAAUAGUUAUUUCUAGUGUUAUGAAUAUAAGUUGUUGGAUCUCAAUAGCUGACUUCAGUUACAAAUUUAA